AUGGCGCAACCGAGCUAUGCAACCGCUUCGAUCAAGGAAUUGGCCAGAUUGGUGGACGAAAUCUGGUUCCUUUCUGGCGACAUCUCCGUCGACCCUUCGUGGUACACUAAGCGCGCGAGCUUAUCCAUGAUAUACGCCUCAAGCGAGCUUUUCAUGACCAAUGACAGAUCCUCCGAUUUCCAGGAUACGAGAGAUUUCCUUCGGCGAAGAUUGGACGAGGUCAGGGAGGCUGGUGGUGUUCUAGGCUCCGUGGGACAGUGGGUUGGCUUUACGGCUAGCGCGGGCAUAAAUGUCUUGAGAAGCAAGGGACUUCGAAUCUAG